AUGGAUAUCCAUCCAGCAUAUUUUAGUCGAAGAGAUCCGACCAGAUAUAGCCAGCAAAUCAAACGGACCGCCAGGUGUUCCAAAGGCAUCCAUUGUGACAAACAGCACCAUUUCCCUCAUAGUGCAAAUUAUUGUCGCGUCGACGAAGAUAUUGAAAAAUUUGGAGAGGCACUUAGCAAAAUAAUUGUUGACUCUCUACCACCACGUAGUUCCAGCCCAAAACCCUUCCCAGAGAAAAAAUCCUCAGAAUAUGCAAGCCAGCAAUUUGAUGAAAAGCAGUACUUGUUUUGGGCCGAUGAAUUCGACAACAAUAUUGGCCCGAUGGCCACAAAUGGAGACGUUAUAGCAAGUGCAACAACGCCUACAUGGUUUCCACGAUACACAUGCUUAAGCAGAGCUAAAGAAACAACCAGAGACAAGCGCCCAAAACCAAUUUUAACAGCAGAAAAACCUCCAGUAGUAAAAGCUCAGGCAGCGGUUGAAACGCCUACCAAGACAUCAUUUUUAUCCCGUUUGCAAAGAGUAGUCAGUCCAAAAGCUAAAGUAUCGCCGGUCCAGGCUUCACCAGUACGAGCCACACCAGCUCGAGCUACACCAACGAAUGUUCAAAAUCUAUCCCAAGAGAGAAAAAUCGACUAUUUUGACAGAAGAUUAUCUUCUGCUUUUCGCAGCUUGAAAUUGACGACGGCCAAACCGAAAGAACAGCCUGCGAUGGCCAAGCAGAAAGAUGUAAUUGUUAGUCAAAAAUUAUCAAGUCCCAAUAGGAUUGCAGACAGAAGAAUCUCGUUGCAACCCCAACAAGUUCACCACAUACAUAAUAUUUAUUCAACUACUUCAACUAAGACUGAAUAUACCAGGUUAGUGAAUCAAAAUGGUGUUUUGCCACAAAUGCGCACAGGAUGGCAUAAUGGACGGCAUAUAGAAAUGAAUAACUAUAUCAAAAAUUUAAAUGAACCUUUUUGUGAAGUAGUUCAAUAUAAGCAAUUACCGACAAUUAACUACAACAAUCGUCUUGUUAAUAUUGAUGCGAAUGCCAAUAUUUGGUAUUAG